AUGCGAAAUAAAGGACAAAUCGAAGAUAUUGAUCACGCUCAUGCCUCUGCUGAAACGACAGUGUUGACGAUGUUCCUAGAUCUAAUCGAUAGUUACGUCAACGAAGAAUUCUUGGACGAAAAAGAUGAAAUCGAUGUUGAACAGAAUGAACCUCUGGCAUUCAAUAGUUAUCAGAAAUCCCUCACCGAUAAAGGUCCUCCUGGUGGAAUAAAUAUGGAUGGGAAUCAUCCAGAGAAAAGAAAUGAAGUUGAUGAAAAUGAGGAAUUCAAUAAUUAUCAAAUAGAUAAGAAUUACUAUGAUAGAAAUAAUAAUGAGGGUAAUAGCAAUGAAAAUAACAAAGAUUCAGUCGAAAAAAGGAAUUUAAGUCGCACCUGCGAAUUAUGGAUGAGAAGAGUAACAGAAUUUAGAAGAAUGCCAAGCGGGAUAGAAGGGAUGAAUCGAAGAAGAACGUCAAUACCUGAGCAAUCAUAA